AUGGCGAUGCUCAUCGAACCUCUCGAUGGCCCCGACGGCUACCUACGGUGGAAGGAGUCGGUGCUCCUGCGCCUCCACACCCUCGGCGUCGCCCACGUGCUCUCGGACGACCCUCCGGCUCCGGCUCCGGCUCUGCCCGCCGGCGACGUCGCCUCUCGGGCAACGGCCAAGAAGUGGGCGCGCGACGACGCGGUGUGCCGCGGCCACAUCCUCGCGGCGCUCUCGGACCGCCUCCUCCCCGACUACGCCCGGCACGGCACCGGCAGGGCGGUGUGGCAGGCCGUGGCGCGCACCUACGACCUGGGCGUCGCCACGCCCUCGGUCUCGUGGCAGAGGUUCCUGGACUUCCACUUCGACGACGACGAGGACGCGUCGCUCCUGGAGCAGAUCGCCCACGCGGAGGCUCUGGCCGCCGCCGCCGCAGACCACCCCCGGUGGUUCGCAUGCUGUGCCAGAAGCUUCCGGAGGACGUGGGGUUCCGCGCCAUGGUGGGCUCCGUCCCUGGUCGAGAAACCAUGGACGCCGUCUGGGCUGUCUCUCGGGCUAAGGAGGAGUCUCGCAUUCUCAAGGACCUCCAGCGAAGGCGGCAACGGUGCAAGAGGAUCAAGAGGGUCAGGUCGACUGGUGGAACUGCAGAGAAGCACCGGAACAUGGCCAAGAACCGCAUGA